CAAGUCAGCCAGCACAGCAGUCCCACUCCUUGGCCAUUCGAUCAUGCAUUCCACCUUGCCCUGUCUGAUUCUGGCCUUCCUGGUCUCAAUAGUGGCGGCUGGAGGCCCAGGUUCUCACCGUUACCAAAUGCCCCACUCUAACUAUGGCGAAGAGAAAUCAAAUCAAGAACAUAUCAAAGAACAUAUUCAAGAACUUGCAGGAGACGACGGAGAGAUUCCAGAAAUGGACGAAAAGGAUACAUUGUUUUACGUGUUCACACUGCAUGACUAUAACAAGGAUGGAUUUUUGGACGGGCACGAACUCCGUGCUGCUUUCACCGAUAUUGACGACGACGAUCCUACCGCUGUCGUGUCCCUGGAUGAAGUCACUGAAAUGGUGGAUCAUGUAUUGGAAGAGGAUGAUUUGAACGGAGAUGGGUUGAUUUCAUGGGAGGAAUACUUGCAAAGUCAGAUGUAUCAUGGGGUUGAAUAACACACACACAGCAGCGAGAAACCUUCAAUGACACAAUUAAUGUUGGUAGCCAUUGCUACUGAAUUAAUGGAUCUGCAUUUUGUUGUGUGGCCUCAUUCUUUAUUAUAAAAAAUAAAAUAAAUAAAAAAUUUCGUCAUGUAGCUUAUAUUUUCAC